UCAUUAUCCAAAUUAAUAGCCCAUCAUGAUGAAAAUAUAUUUAAAUAAUAAAUAAAGAAAAAGCUCAAUUACUUUUCCAUCUUUUCAUUGUUCUCUCUAUCUAAUCCAUUUCUCACCAUUGGAGGAAAAAGCCAUGGAAAGAGGAAGAAAAAGAAGAAAAUUGGAAGAGGAAGAAGAAGAAGAUGAUGAUGAAGAGGGAGAGAUGAAAUUGGUCUUUGCUCUGAUUCAAAACAUAAAGGCCAUGAGAGGCAGAAUGAAAUCAAAAGAAUCACCAGAAGAAGAGAAAUCAAAAGGGGUUUGGAAUCCAAAGUUCCAACCAGAAGAUUUCAUUGAAGAUGGAUAUUACAACAACAAAUCCAACAUCACUCUUCAAUUACCAGCUGCUUCAUCUUCAACAACAAAACACAGCAAUCCCAAGAAAGAACAACAAGAACAACAAGAUAAACACAAGGUUGGGUCACUCUUCAACUCGGCUUAGCAUCUUAAGAACCCAUCUUUUUCCUUUUUGGACCUGUUAGGUCUUGUGGGCCACAAUGAAUGAGCUUUUGUACUUAAUUGAGGGUGUGUUUGGAAUAUAUUUUCAGGUGUUUAAUUUAAAAAAUAAGUCAAUUUAGAAAAAAUUAGAGUGUUUAGCAACCAUUCAAAAUAGCUUUUGAAGUAUAUUCUAUACAGUUUUGAUCAAAAGUGUUUAAAUAGAAAUGAAUUUUUUAAAAAACGUUUUUUGUUAAGUUAAUCCAAAUGGAUCUGAAUCCAUAGCCAUUCUAGUACUUUUAAAGUUCUCAUCUUAGCUAUUUUUAAAUUUAAGAAAAGUAGAAAACCUCAUCAUUCAUUUCAAGGAAACUUUAUUGGAGAUAAGGAUCACUACUGAAGGAAGAAAGAGAGAAUUGUAAAUAUAGCAAUUAGGUUCAAAAUAUUUGCGUAUAUAAUAUAACUGAUUGCUAUGAAGUCUAUCAAUAAUAGGAGUCUAUCAGUGAUAGAGUUUAUAUCGAUAAAUUUCACUAUAUUUAUAAUUCUUUAAAAAUGAUGCUAUACACUUAAUUAUUAACGCAAUUUGUUUUUUAGAUAUUACUAUGUAGUUUCAAACACACAUUUAAUAUUCUUGUUUGUUUCACAUGAUUUCAUUUUUUAAAAUCUAAGAUAUUAUUAUCCAAGGAACUUUAAAGUUUAAACCCAUAUGACAUGAGUUUUUUUAAUACUCUCCGGUACUUGUGGGAGUUUUAUAUGUG